CUAUCCUAUCGUUGGGUCAGGGUCGUAGGUUAUAAAUAAAACGUGGGGCGAUCUUUCUAAUCAAUACACGUAUAAAAGGAUAAUCUGUCUGCAGUCAAACAAUCGCAAUGAAUUGGGAACUGGAGUACGGAGAGUUAUCAAAGGAUAAAGACUUCGUUAACAACUGCGAAGACCUUAAGCAAAAUUUGAUUGAAGUGCAAGAAGUUUUAGAUCAACUGCUGCCGCUAAAAGAACAUUAUGACAAGCUGACCUUGCCUGCACAGAUCGAGCUAGAUUUAUUCCUUGCGUUCACACUAAAUUCUCUACAUUGGAUUCAUUUGAGAAUACAAGGCGUCGAUCCAACGAAACACCCAAUCAGAGACGAGCUGCAGAGAAUUAAAGCUACAAUGGUUAAAUGGCAGGAAAUAAAAGAUCGAGAUAAACGACCAACUGUGGACAUUGAAGCGGCUAAAAGGUUUGUUAGGAGCGGUCUCUAUGACCCUUACAGAGCAACAGGGCAGCCACUUAAUAAAAAGAUAAAAUUCCAUGAUUGAAUUGUUUCAGUUGUAAGUAGGCACCUAAUAUGUAAGACUGAGUGUUGAUUAUGGAAUUAUAAGUCUAGUUAUAAGUUUCUGAUGAUAAUGGUUAUUUAAUUUUUAAUUAUAGGGAAUGCACUUUAAUGCCAUAUUAAUAAAAUCAUCAGCCAAUUUUACUCUAUUGUUUUGUGUUAAGUUUUUGUUAUAUUAUGGCAUUUUUGUGGUAUG